AUGUCGUGUCCCAGAUCCACGCGUUUCGCUGAGGACGUGCCUCGCACCACCCCCGAGGAGCAAACGACCUACGAACCAGAGACGCCCGAAACCCCCAAAAAGAACAUGGCAGCGAAAAGCGAAUUGUCAGACUUUGAAAAGCAACGUUUGGCAAACAUUGCUGAGCGUGAUGCGCUGUUGAAGAAACUCACCCUCGAGUCGCAAUCCUCGGGGCUCUUCGCAAGCCCUAAGACCCCCAGCAGCAAUGCCGCAAAACCGAAAAAGCGCCCGACUCCCAAAGUGAAGGUCAAGGUUGAGGAGGAUAUCACCCCCGGCGCACAUCCUCGCCGCAAGGCCGAUGACGAGUAUGAAGCGAUGCGCGAAGCGGAUAGAAUUAAGAGGAUGCGCCGGACAGACUCGUUCAGCCAAGCGGAUAUGUUUGUUUCGGGCCAAAAGCUUAGUGCGGAUAGCCUGAUCGGCGUGGAUGUCAUCACCAAGGGCGUUGCGAAGCCCUAUGAAAGGACCUUCGGGGACGAUGAAAUUGAGAAAACAACGGACAAAGACCUCAAGGCUCUUCGGGAGGAGAUGAAUGGGCUUAAAUUGUGGGAGUCUUGGGAUCCUCAGCGGAUCAAGAUCACCCCCGAGCGCGUGUAUGCCAUGGCGUUCCACCCCUCCGAAUCAAAACCUCUUAUAUUCGCGGGCGACAAAUUAGGUCAUCUGGGCAUGUUGGAUGCUUCGCAGGAAAAGCCCGCAGUGGGCGAGGACGACGACGAGGAUGAAGAUGACCCAGACCCAGUCCUUACCACACUCAAGCCACAUACCCGAACUAUUAGCGCAAUGAUGGUCAACCCCUCAAAGCCGACACAUUUGUACACGGCAAGUUACGACAGCUCAAUCCGGUCCCUCGACUUGGAGAAAAUGGUCUCUUCAGAGACCUAUGCCCCUGAAUCUACAAACAUCGAUGAAGCGCUUUCUGGAGUAGACAUGGCUCCCGACGACCCUAAUACCUUGUACUGGACUACACUUCAAGGUGGGUUCGGGCGGUAUGAUACGCGCACGCCGCGGAAAGAUAGCAAUGUGUCAAACUGGGAGCUUUCCGAGAAGAAGAUCGGAGGCUUCACACUGUGUCCCUCCCAGCCCCACUACUUCGCGACAGCAAGUCUGGAUCGAUUCUUGAGAUUAUGGGAUCUGCGCAAGCUCUCCCCGGACAGCCCCACACCUAUUGCCGAGCACGAAAGCCGACUCUCGGUUUCGCACGCAGCUUUCAAUGCUGCUGGGCAGAUUGCUACGUCUUCCUACGACGACACAUUGAAGAUUUACGAUGUGGGCGCAAAGGGUCUCUCUUCAUGGAAGCAGGGCCACAGACUUGCAGAAGAUGAGUUUACUCCAGAUACUGUUGUUCGUCAUAACUGCCAGACUGGCCGCUGGGUUACCAUUCUCCGGCCUCAAUGGCAGAUUAAUCCCCAAUCUUCCAUUCAGCGGUUCUGUAUCGGCAACAUGAACCGGUUCGUGGAUAUUUACAGCAGCAAUGGAGAUCAACUUGCUCAACUUGGUGGUGAUGGCAUCACUGCUGUUCCUGCAGUGGCUGUGUUCCACCGUAGCAAGAACUGGGUUGCUGGUGGCACUGCUAGUGGCAAGCUCUGCCUAUGGAAAUGA